AAGCAAGAGCAAAAAAAAUGGAUUAAUCUAACCAGAGCAAAUAACGGGAAAAAAAAAGAACAGAUCAUUCAAGUCACCGAGCCUCCGUUCCCUCCCUCGCCAGGUGGUCUGCGAUACGAGUAACGGCUACACGCUGGUGCUCAGACUCGUACGGAUGAAACAAAACCUCGAGCUCGGCAAACAGGGUUCUCAGUACCCUCAGGGCGAUCAUGAAUCGUACCUCAUCGGUGAGAAUUCGUACUUCAUCGGAAUGAACAACUUGACCGCCUUCUUCUACGACAGGGACACCGAGAAACGCUACUACGCACUGCUCGUCAGAUUAACGCGUUUUUUGCACACCACACCGGAGGAAUACCUGCUCUACGACAAUCUCUACAUCAACCCCGAAGGAAGGCUGGAGACACUCGGCGCCUACCAUGGCAACACAGGGAAUGACCGCCUGAGGGCAUUGGAGGGUCAGCCCUUCUGCUUAGAGGACAACAAGAAUUGCUAUUGGGGCAUGGCAGACAAGAUGAGGGUGAGUGCUUCGUGUGCUAAGUACAACGCAACGCUGGCCUACAUCACGGAUUUCGCCGACCUGAACGAGACCAGUGAUGCCGUGGACGAAGUGGCGUACCUGACCGGCUACUUUGUCACGAACCCGAAGACCUACUUCCCCCCCGUGACAGACAACAUGCCUAUUCGGAGUGAAAUGGAAGAGAGCGAGACGGGAGCCGGAUUGCAUCAGUGCGUGACCGUGAAAAGGGACAAAUACUUCAUAAGCGAAUACUGCCACAAUAGAAUGAGCGUCAGCUGCAUGUACCCAGCCUCGUGUCCGCCUGGGUUUAAACUGGUGGGUGUUCGUUGCUAUCACUUGGUGGAGGAGUCUUCAGGUGACACAACCUUUCUGGACGCCCUCGCCAGGUGCAACAGGAACGGGUCCGGACUCGCGCACCCAGUAACACGCCAGCAAAUGUCCGAGGUCGCUUGGUUCGUGAAGGUGACUGUGGAUUGGAACAAACACCCGGAGGACUUCGUGGAGGUGGCCAUUGGACUUAAUGUGGCAUUCGGGGACCCCUCGCUGGAUGGAAUGUACGAAGUGGAGAAAGAGGUGUGGCAGGCCGUGAACAAUUCCGGGGUAAACGGGAAGGGGCACCUGUACCUCACCGUGCACAAGAACGAGACCUGGGAGCUCACCGCCACCGACUUCAACUCCACCGCCGCUCUUUCCGUCUGCGAAUUCCACGGCCUGCUCGGUUGCUUGACGCCUCCCCCGCCGGCACCUGAACACGCUGUAACAGAAAGGCGCUUCGGGAACCUUACCAUUCAUGAACUUGCAACCUACACCUGUGAUCCGGGUUUCUUCGUGGACGGUGAGGUCGGGAAAAAGGUGCAAAAUCGCUCCUGCCACGGCCAACUCGGGGGAUGGGCGCCGCUUGAACCUCUUUCCCAGUGUAUCGGUGUCGUGGUGUGCAACGAGACCCUGCCGAUGCACCCUCACAUGACCAACAAUACAAGUGACUCGAUACACCCGGGUUAUGAGACGUACUGGAUCGACUACGUGUGUCCCAAAGGAAUGGCCACGGCGGACGGAGAAAUGGUGCAACGGUUCAACUGCAAGGAAUACAACGGGGCCUACAAAUACAAUGGGGAGCGUGAGCACGUGGAGGAGUGCAACCAGUGCCUCAACAACCCUUACGACACUGUGGCUAACUCCAAGUCGAAAUCGAACGCUGGGCCGUGGAUGGUGGAUAGUAAGGUGACGGUGGAAUGCAUGGACGGGUAUCUGGUGGACAACACGCACGAGCAGCAGGUGGUUUGCACUGUCACGGGAUGGAAAGGGAAGGAGUGCAAGAAAGUGUGUCUUGACGAGCCUGAGGUGGCCAACGCAACGACAGACUGGAGCGACACCAUGUGGGAAGUCGGCGAGAUGAUCAACGUCACCUGCAACAAUGGGUUCUUUGUCCCCAAUGAGAUAAACACGAGGCGAACGAUGGAGUGUACUGACGAUGGUUGGGAGAAUCUAGAAGGCUGCGUCCAAGGGUGCUUGGGUAAUCUCAAGGUGGGCAACGCGACGGUGGAUCAAGGCACAAUGUGGGAAGUGGGCACCAAAAUCACGGCCACUUGCAUCGACGACCUCCUCUUCGUGAGCGCCAAUGCCUCGACGCUGAAGGUGGCGUGUACCGAGAACGGCUGGGAGAAGACGGAAGGGUGUUUGAAAGUGUGCGAGGGGAAACCUGAGGUGGCUAAUGGAACUACGGACUGGAGCUCCGGCAAAGUGUGGCCCGAUGGUUCCCACGUCAAAGGCACCUGCGACCCGGGCCUCCACCUGUACCCUAGCGCCGAGAACGAGCAAAGGAUAGCCUGCACCUCCGAGGGCUGGCAGAACGCGACCACCUGCGAACAAGUGUGUUUUCAAAGCCCGGAUUUGGCGGACGAACACGCAUUUUGGGACGGCAACACAGACAAUGGGCGACUGGGGGACGAGGUGCCAGCCAGGUGCUAUUCCAACUACUACAACGCAGGAGCACUCAAUGAGACCAAUACCAUCGUCCGCUGCAACCCCAAUGGCUGGGAAGCUGUCCAUCCCUGCGUCCUGUCGUGCAGAGUGCCACCGACCUUUAAUAACCUGAACAUCACGUGGGUGGACAGGGAGCCGGGGACACUAAAUGAUGAGGUGUGGUUUGACUGCCCAAUAGGUUACCGCAACAGUAAGAACAUGACCCUAAACACCACCCUCGUCCGCUGUACCAAAGACGAGUGGAAGCAUAUGGAUACCUGCCUGCAAGUUUGCGAGGAAGACCCAGACACUGCCAACAGCAAGAUAGUGUGGGAACCUGGCCACCUCGGGGUUGUGCUGAGCGAAGUAGCUGCCAAGUGUCAGGCGGACCACUUUAGCAACAAUACCCUCACAGACAACACAACCAAGGUGCAGUGUAAUGCCGGAGUGGGCUGGGUCGUCACACAUCCCUGUGUUCAAGUGUGCGGUGAGCCCCCAAACUUCGGUAAUGUGUCCGUGGACUGGGGGUCGCGUGGGCCGAAAAGGAUAGCCGAUAACGUAACCCUGAACUGCCCUGACGGUUACCGCAACAACGACACGAUCAUGGCCUCCACCACCACUGUCAGCUGCACUCCAGACGGCUGGGCCCACCUGGACUCCUGUGCCAAAGCAUGCACAGUGGACCCAGACGCGGAUGCUACGAACAUAGAGUGGGGGGCAGGCAGCGUGGCAUUUCUGGAUACGGAGCUAACGGUGGAGUGCCGUGAGAACUUUUACAGCAACGAGACUCUCAACGGUACCACCACUCAAGUACAGUGUGUCGAGACCGGCUGGUGGGUCGUGCAUCCUUGUGUGAGAGUGUGUACCAACAGGCCAGACUUCGGGAACGUGACCUUGGAAUGGGACAAUGAGAGGGAGCCCGGGCGAGAGGGUGACAUGGUGACGCUUGCCUGCCCUGAGGAACGCCGGAGCAACACAACCCUGACCUCUCACAACACGACGAUCCUCUGCACCCCCGACGGCUGGGUGGACGUCGACCCGUGCGUGGAAGUGUGCCUCCUGGAAGAUCUAGGAGGCAAAACCCUAUCGGAGGAGGAGGACGGGGUAGGCGUGUGGAAGGUGGGGGAGGAGGCUCGGCGGCACUGCCCUGACGAUCUGCUCACCGCCAACACCACCGAGAACGUGACCUCCUACGUGUGUACCGAGGACGGGUGGAACGUGACUGACCCCUGCGUGGCGGUGUGUCGCGAGAGGCUCAACGUCAUCAACGCUGAUUCCAACUUCGACUUAAGGACAUGGACGAAGGGGCAGGAGCUUCUGGUGGUGUGUCUUCGUGAUCAUCGUGUCUCCCCCGGCAUUGACAACUACACCGUCCCCUGCACCGAGACAGGCUGGCUUAACUUCACCGCCAAUUGUUCCUAUUGUGAGUAUUUCCUUUGACCUUGUUGGUGUUUCUAGGAUGUUUUUUUUGCAAUGUUUUAUGAUGUUUCAGGAGUGUAAUUGUAUAGUCUUUUACAUUUUUUUUUACAGUUUACAUUCAUUUAAGAUUACUACAUUUAAGAUUGAAUUUUAAUCUUAAGGAAAUUAUUAUCUGAGCUCACUAACCUCUUUUUUUCAGGAGUAUCAUUAUAUUUAUACUAAUGAAUGCUAAUUUAAGUAUGUUUCUAUGUGUCUUGAAAUUUAUAUAUAUACAUAUGCGUGUGAUUCUUUGUGUGUGCGAGUAAUUCAUUAUAUUUACAAGAAUGAAUGCUAAUUUGAGUGUGUUUCUAAGUGUCUUGAAAAUUAUAUAUAUAUGUAAUUAUUUCUGUGUGCUAGUUAUGGUCAUCUUACUUUAAAAUCUGAAUGAGUCAAAGUGUGUUGCUCAAUGAGUCUGUUGUGUGUGUUGCUGAAUGAAUGAAUCUUUGUGUGUGUUGCUGAAUGAAUGAAUCUUUGUGUGUGUUGCUGAAUUAAUGAAUCUUUGUGUGUGUUGCUGAAUGAAUGAAUCUUUGUGUGUGUUGCUGAAUGAAUGAAUCUUUGUGUGUGUUGCUGAAUUAAUCUUUUCAUGUGUGUUGCUAAUGAGUCUUUUGGUGUGUUACCUAAUAUGCUGCUUUAUGAACUAACACAUUUUUUUUCUUCAGAGGACGGAUGUCGACGAUAUUAAUGUAUGCUAACUAAUCCCAUAACACCAUCAUCAUCAUCAUCAUCAUCACUAUAUCUUUGUCUUCUCCUUCAUUCUCUCUUUAAUCUUGAACUGUUCUUGUGUGAAUGUGUGUGUGAAUGUUUUCACUGAUGAUAUAGUCUGGGUCACUAGUAUUGUAAACUUUGAAAUAUAUGUAUAACUUGUAAUGUUUGUAUUGUUCUUAUUACUUUGAAAUGUAUAACGUCUUGUGAUAAAGUUGUAUGUUUCUACUGAAAGUGUAAAUCAUCCUUAA